AUGAUAUUAACUGUGUUUCUGAGCAACAAUGAACAGAUUUUAACAGAAGUUCCAAUAACACCAGAAACAACUUGUCGUGAUGUAGUGGAGUUCUGCAAAGAGCCUGGAGAAGGAAGCUGCCAUCUGGCUGAAGUAUGGCGUGGAAAUGAACGUCCCAUACCCUUUGAUCACAUGAUGUAUGACCACCUACAGAAAUGGGGUCCCCGCCGGGAAGAGGUGAAGUUUUUUCUUCGUCAUGAGGAGUCACCAGCUGAAAGCAAUGAGCAGAGUGGACGUCAGGCCCAAAAUCAAAGAAAUGGCAUAAAUAUACCUGUGGAGAAACGUACAGAGAAUGGGGUUGGCAAUCCACGUGUUGAGCUCACUCUUUCUGAACUUCAAGAUAUGGCAGCCAGACAGCAGCAGCAGAUUGAAAAUCAACAGCAAAUGUUGGUUGCUAAGGAACAACGUUUGCGUUACCUAAAGCAGCAAGAGCGUCGUCAGCAGCAGUCUGCUUCUGAGAGUGAAAAGCUUCAAAAACUGAAAGAACGUGUUGAAACUCAGGAGACAAAGCUGAAAAAAAUUCGGGCCAUGAGAGGACAAGUGGACUACAGCAAGAUCAUGAAUGGGAAUCUGUCAACUGAAAUUGAGCAUAUAAGUGCCAUGUUCCAGGAAAAGCAGCAGGAGCUACAGGCUGCAGUGUUGAAAGUGGAUCAACUUACUCAGCAACUGGAGGAUUUAAGGAAAGGGAAACUGAAUGGGUUUCAGUCUUACAAUGGACAAAUGACAGGACCUGCAGCAGUAGAAUUAAAGAAGUUAUAUCAAGAGCUACAGAUCCGUAACAGGCUUAACCAGGAGCAGAAUUCCAAGCUUCAGCAGCAGAAGGAACUCUUAAACAAACGUAACAUGGAGGUGGCCAUGAUGGACAAGCGAAUCAAUGAGCUGCGUGAACGACUAUACAAGAAAAAAGUUGAGUUGAACCGUAUUAAUGGAACUUCUUCACCCCAGUCAUCCUUGAGUGCUUCAGGAAGGGUGGCAGCUGUAGGACCUUAUAUCCAAGUUCCAAGUGCUGGCACUUACACUGUACCAGUAGAUCCAGUUAAACCACAGUCUCUCACCAUUGCUUCUAGCUCAACACAUGGAAGAUCAAAAUCUGCUAAUGAUGGAAAUUGGCCAAUACUUAAACAGAGCUCAACCCCUGUGGUAAAAACCCCUCAGAUCUCCAAUACAGACUGGAAAGAAUCAAGCAUGGAUACUGCUUUAAAACAAGGAACUAUAUCCAGCCAGCCUUUGCCAACUUCAGUAUUAGGAAGUAGUGAUAAGCUGGGUCUUGACCUGGGGAAGGUGCCGCCAACAAUUCCUGGUGUAAGCAAGCAGUUGACUCAAAACUAUGGGACCUAUCCAAGCCCAGUUCCCUUAGGAACAGGUUCUACAAAUUCUCUGGAAAGAAGGAAGGAUGGCAGUCUGCCCAGACCUGGCACCAGUAUAACAAAUCGGCAAAGACCUGUUCCGCUUCCGCCGCCCAGCAACGUCCAUCAGCCCAGCUCUUCACAACAGAUUCAGCAGAGAAUUUCUGUACCUCCCAGCCCCACGUAUCAACCUUCCGGUCCCCCCUUGUUUCCAGGAGGAGAUGGCAGGCCAGAACUCCCUUUAACUGUGGCAAUCAGACCUUUUCUAGCUGAUAAAGGAUCAAGACCUCAGUCUCCCAGAAAAGGGCCACAAACAGUGAACUCCAGUUCCAUCUACUCAAUGUAUCUUCAGCAAGCAACACCACCAAAGAAUUAUCAACAAGCUGUGUACAAUACUUUAAAUAAGUCAGUAAAAGCAGUUUAUGGAAAACCUGUGUUACAAUCUGGUUCAACUUCUCCCUCACCCUUGCCAUUCCUUCAUGGUUCUUUGCCUGCCCAGCCUUCCUCGCAGCCACAAUCUCAGCCUCAGACUGAGGUGUCUGAAAAAGAUCAAGAGCUUGAAAAUGCUCCACCACCCAGUGAAAACAGCAACGUGGAAAACAUCCCUCGUCCUCUCAGUCCUACUAAGCUCACACCUAUUGUGCAUUCACCCCUACGGUAUCAAAGCGAUGCUGACCUUGAAGCUCUGAGAAGAAAAUUGGCCAAUGCUCCUAGGCCACUGAAGAAGCGUAGUUCUAUCACUGAACCAGAAGGCCCAAGUGGACCCAAUAUACAAAAGUUACUGUAUCAGCGCUUUAAUACUCUUGCUGGAGGAAUAGAAAGUGCUCCUUUUUAUCAGCCAAGCAAUCCACAGGACUUCAUAGGCAUCUUAGCUGAUGUCGAUAAUGGUAACGCUAGUACCAAUGGCAAUAUUGAAGAACCUAUUUCUGUGCAACCUACAGUUCCUCUUCCUGAUGAGCCACCCCCUUCAUCAGAUGCCAAUGAUAAUGAAUUACCUUCUCCUGCUACUGAGGAAUUGAUAAGCACUGAAACCACAAAUCAAACAUCUGAGACAACCGAAGAUAACAACAACAAUCCUGCUGUAGUUCCUUCUACUGAACAGUCACCCAGCCCCACACCUGAAGUCAGUUCUCCAGUAGAAGAUGAAGCUCCUUUGCCACCUGCUCUUCCUCCUCCACUUCCUGCAACAAAACGUACCAACUUGAAGAAACCUAACUCAGAAAGAACAGGCCAUGGUUUGCGAGUGAAGUUCAAUCCCUUGGCCCUCCUCCUAGAUGCUUCUUUGGAGGGAGAGUUUGAUCUUGUACAACGAAUCAUCUAUGAGGUUGAUGAUCCCAGUAAACCAAAUGAUGAGGGAAUUACGCCUUUGCAUAAUGCAGUGUGUGCUGGACAUCACCACAUUGUCAAGUUCCUGCUUGAUUUUGGUGUGAAUGUAAAUGCAGCAGAUAGUGAUGGGUGGACACCCUUGCAUUGUGCUGCUUCUUGCAAUAGUGUUCAUCUGUGUAAACUACUUGUUGAAUCCGGGGCAGCUAUUUUUGCUUCAACUAUAAGUGAUAUAGAAACUGCUGCAGACAAGUGUGAGGAGAUGGAAGAAGGUUAUAUUCAGUGUUCCCAGUUCUUGUAUGGAGUGCAGGAGAAGCUGGGAGUGAUGAACAAGGGUGUGGUGUACGCGCUGUGGGAUUAUGAAGCCCAGAACAACGACGAGCUGUCCUUCCACGAGGGCGACGCCAUCACCAUCCUGAGGCGCAAGGACGACAAUGAGACCGAGUGGUGGUGGGCCCGCCUCAAUGAGAAAGAAGGCUACGUGCCUAAAAACCUUCUUGGGUUAUAUCCACGAAUAAAACCUAGGCAGCGGACCCUGGCUUGAGUUCAGUUCUGCAGCAGUGCAGUACCGUGCUGGUAACUGGAAUCCUACAACAUACACUGGAGCCAUCAUUUCUGAGCAUUUCAUACAGAGAAAUAAAACUGACAUUUAGUUUUAAUGGUGCUUUCUCUUGUUAAAUGGACAGCAUCUGGGAUUUUCUGCAGUUUGUAAAUGAGAAUUUUUAUGUGACCCACCACUGAUGAGGAGAGUUGAUCUCCACUAGCUCCAGUGAUGCACCAGCUCUUGUCUCAAGCGGUGUUUUCAGUUGAAGUUCCAUGGUAGGAGCUUUCUUGUGUUCAAUGUUCAGAGGUGUCACUUGCAGAGUG